UUUUUAAUUUAUAAGUAAAGCAAUCAGUGCAAUUUAGUAGCUGUUCAGAUUCCGCAGAGACGACAUCAUUGAUAUAGACCGUUUAAGAAAAGAAGUUUUCAUUUCGUUUCGUAAAUGAAAUAACUUCCUAAAAAUGAACAAGUUUAUACCUUUCGUUUUACUUUUAACGCUGGCAUUUUUGGCUUCAUUUUCCAAAGCCAGUGAAGAUGGUCAGGAUAUGAGGGUUUGCAUCGGUACCAAUGUACGUAUGUCAGUACCCCCAAACCGAAACCAUCAUUAUCGUAACUUACGCGAUCGCUUUACGAAUUGCACACACGUCGACGGAAAUUUAGAGUUAACAUGGCUCGAAAGUACCAACAUGGAUUUGAAUUUUUUACAGCAUAUUCGCGAAGUUUCGGGAUAUGUUUUGAUCAGCCAUGUGCAUGUGAAGAGCAUCAUUUUACCACGUUUGCAAAUUAUUCGUGGUCGAACUUUAUUCAAAUUGAACAUUUACGAUGAACAAUUUGGAUUAUUUGUAAGCUACUCGCAAAUGGAUUCGCUAGAAUUACCGGCACUACGUGAUAUUUUGUCUGGAUCGGUGUUCAUAUUCAACAAUCAAAAUCUCUGCUUUAUUCAAACGAUCAAUUGGGAAGAAAUUAUUACAGGACCAGGAGAAGUAUCGAGAUACGUAUACAAUUUUACAUUUCCUGAACCGGCGUGCCCGAAAUGCCAUCCAUCGUGCGUUGCCGGUUGUUGGGGCGAAGGAGCACACAACUGUCAGAAAUUCAGCAAAAUCAAUUGUUCGCCGCAAUGUGGAGAGGGUCGUUGCUUUGGCCCAAAUCCGCGUGAUUGCUGUCAUUUAUUUUGCGCUGGUGGUUGCACUGGUUCAACCCAGAAUGAGUGCUUAGCAUGUCGAAACUUUUACGAUGACGGCGUGUGUAAGCAUGAAUGUCCACCGAUGCAAAAGUACAAUCCAACAACUUAUCUAUGGGAACAAAAUCCAGACGGAAAAUACGCAUACGGAGCCACGUGUGUAAGAAAUUGUCCUGAGCAUUUACUUAAAGAUAACGGCGCUUGUGUGAGAACGUGUCCGGCGAAUAAAAUGGCGAAGAAUGGUGAAUGUGUUCUUUGCGAUGGCCCUUGCCCAAAGACAUGUCCGUUUGCAGGUGUUGUUCAUUCCGGUAAUAUUGAUUCGUUCCGCGGCUGCACUAUCAUCGAAGGAACACUCGAAAUAUUAGAUCAAACAUUCAACGGCUAUCAGCAAGUGUAUUCCAAUUUCUCGUUUGGGCCACGAUUCAUUAAAAUGCAUCCGGAUCGCAUGGAAGUGUUCUCAACUCUGCGUGAAGUGACUGGUUUCAUUAAUAUACAGGGAGAUCACCAAGAUUUCACAAAUCUGUCCUACUUUCGAAAUCUCGAAGUGAUCGGCGGUCGUCAAUUGCUCGAUACGAACUUUGCCUCCUUAUACAUUGUAAAAACCAACUUAAAGUCAUUAGAGCUACGUUCAUUGCGGCAAAUCAAUUUUGGGGCAGUUGUGAUACUGGAAAAUAAGAAUCUUUGCUUUGCCAACAAUAUCGACUGGAAGAAAAUCAAAAAGUCAGAUCAACACGAUUCAAUGAUUAGCAAUAAUAAGGACCCUGACGAAUGCAGGAGGCGUGUUCAAUACUGUUCAGAUGAAUGUACAGAGGCUGGAUGCUGGGGCGCCGGUCCCGAUCAAUGUUUAGCGUGUAAGCAUGUUAAGUACAAUAGAACUUGCUUGCAAACGUGUGAGAGUCAACAGAAUUUGUACACAACGCCUGAUAAAAACCAUUGUGGCCAAUGUCAUCCGGAAUGUAAGCGAUCGUGUACAGGACCCGAGGCCACUGAUUGUCUUGAAUGCGAACACGUUCGAGAUGGGGAGAAUUGCUUGGCCGUGUGUCCUAAUUCAAAAUAUGCUCGAAAUGGAAUCUGUGUCAAUUGCCAUGAAACAUGCACCGGUGGUUGCACUGGCCCGAGCGACACAAUUGGAGCGAAUGGAUGCAUAACAUGUGAAAGAGCUAUUAUCACGGACAAUAAAAUCGAACAAUGCUUGAAGAAGGAUGAAAAAUGUCCAGUUGGAUACUAUGACGAAAUCGUGAGAUGCCCAAUCGAAAGCCUUUAUAUUUGUUCCGAUCUAUUGAAACGGCUUGAUGGAAAAACGGUUUGCCGCAAAUUAAAAGAAACUGUUAUACAGUUGCCAAACACAAACAUCACAAUUGUAACACUAGAAAGCAGCAUUAACCCGAUUAUAAACAUUCUUGAAAGCAGCCAAACGUCAACAAUCAAUAUAUUAUAGAUAGAUGAGAUCAUAAUAAAAUCGAUGUGAAUUCUGUGAA